CUGACAGAAGUGACGUGUAUUAAGCUGUAUUCGUCGGCACCAAAUAAUUUCGUGUUAAAAUCAAAGAAAAAGCUCAAAAUGAGCUCUUUUAAGCGUGACAAAAAGGAGGAGGAGGAUACAGGUGGAAAUCCUUACCAGAACCUCGAUAAAACAAUCGUUUUACAGGAAGCUAGAUACUUCAACGAGACGCCCGUGAACCCGAGAAAAUGUUCUCAUAUUUUGUCGAAGAUCUUGUAUUUACUGAAUCAAGGGGAGAAGUUAACAACCCAAGAGGCUACAGAUGCGUUCUUCGCGACUACAAAGCUGUUUCAGUCCAAAGAUGUGAUGUUACGUAGGAUGGUGUAUUUGUGUAUCAAGGAAUUGAGUAAGUUGGCUCAAGAUGUCAUCAUUGUGACUUCAUCAUUGACGAAGGACAUGACUGGGAAGGAGGACCUAUACCGCGCUGCAGCGAUUAGAGCGUUAUGUAGUAUUACAGACAGUACAAUGUUGCAAGCGAUUGAAAGAUACAUGAAGCAGGCUAUAGUUGACAAGAACCCAGCUGUCAGCUCUGCAGCGCUGGUUUCCGCGUUGCAUUUGUCGUCUACAGCACCGGACCUGGUUAAACGAUGGGCUAAUGAAGCUCAGGAAGGAAUCAACUCUGACAAUGCGAUGGUCUCCUACCACGCGCUCGGCCUCGUCGCGGCCACACGAAAGAACGACAAGCUAUCUACCGUCAAACUUGUGACACGUCUAGCAAAGUCACCCAUAAAAUCCCCAUAUGCGUUAUGCCUACUUAUCCGUUUGGCUGCACAAUUAGUGGAAGAAGACGAUUCAGAGGCUUCCCAACCUUACAUCGAGUUUAUCGAAUGCUGCUUACGUCACAAAUCAGAAAUGGUCAUAUAUGAAGCGGCCCACGCUAUUGUUAAUCUACGAAAAACGGCCAGAGAUCUUGCACCAGCAGUUUCUGUAUUGCAAUUGUUCUGUGGAUCAUCAAAAGCGUCUCUCCGAUUGGCUGGAGCUCGGACUUUAGCAAGAUUGACAGCAAAACAUCCUACUGCAGUCGCCGCGUGUGCUGUUGACUUGGAAAAUCUAAUUUCUGACCCCAAUCGCUCUGUUGCUACAUUGGCUGUGACUACACUCUUAGCCACCGGCGCAGAGAGCUCCAUAGACAGACUGAUGAAACAAAUAUCAUCGUUUGUGUCGGAAAUUUCGGAUGAAUUCAAAAUUGUCGUUGUUAAAGCUAUACGUCGCCUCUGUACUAAGUUCCCGCGUAAACAUCAGUCGUUGGCCUUGUUUUUGGCUGGUAUGUUGAGGGAUGAAGGUGGUCUGGAGUAUAAAGCGGCGAUCGCUGAUGCAAUUAUUGCUUUGGUAGAAGAGAAUCCAGAUGCAAAGGAAACUGGAUUGGCUCAUCUGUGCGAAUUUAUCGAAGAUUGUGAGCACACGACUCUAGCUGUUCGAAUCUUGCAUUUGCUAGGACGUGAAGGACCAAAAUCGCGUCAACCGUCUCGCUAUAUUCGAUUCAUUUAUAAUAGAGUCAUUCUGGAAUCUGGGCCAGUUAGAGCUGCAGCUGUAUCUGCUGUGGCUCAAUUCGGAGCGCAAAGACCAGAACUUUUGCCAAAUAUAAAGGUCUUGCUGUCCAGAUGCGAAUUGGAUGACGAAGACGAAGUUCGCGAUAGAGCUAUCUUCUACAAUGCAAUAUUGGAAACUGGAGAUGCCCAAUUGAUAAACGAUUAUAUUGUGAACGUUCAAAAACCUAACCCAGUGAUGCUAGAGCGCGCUCUACGUGAUCACAUCGAAGCGCGUCCUGAAGAAGAAUUCGAUAUAAUGGCAAUACCGACGGAAGACGAGAAAGUUGCAAAGGAAGAUAUCGUGGAAGUCGAAGUUCGUAAGCCGGUACAAGUCUCUAUUGAAGAGAUUUAUUCUGAGCAACUCGCGAAGAUACCUGGUAUUGAGAGGCUUGGACCACUAUUUAAAACGGUGCCGCAUAUUGAGUUAACAGAAGCCGAAACUGAAUACAGAGUGCGUUUAUUGAAGCAUAUUUACGCUCGCCACGUGGUUUUGCAAUUCGAGUGCAUUAACACUCUGAGUGAUCAGAUUCUGGAGCAAGUGCAUGUCCGUUUGGAACCACCGCAGGAUUACGACUUGAAAACCGUCAUACCUUGUCAGAGGCUCGUUUAUGACAAACCAGACAGUGUUUUCAUAGUAUUGGAGUAUCCUUCCGCGUAUUUUGACAGUCUGGGAACAUUUGGUGCAACUUUAGAAUUCGUCGUUCGCGAUUGCGAUCCAAAUACCGGUGUUCCGGACCCUGGAGAGGGUUAUGCUGAUUCUUACCCAUUGGAAGAGUUCGAUAUGGGUUGUUCAGACCAACUCCGUGCGAAAGCCGGUACAGAUGACUGGGAACAAGCCUGGGAACGCGCAGAAAGAGCUCCCGAAGCAACAGAUACCUUUGUUUUACCACAAAACGAUAUUAAUGAUGCUGCUAAAGCAGUGUGUGAACAUUUGGGAUUGCCCAAGAAUGCAAUAAGCGGAGAUGCUGUGAAGGAAAUUCGUGGGGGUGGUAUUUUCAGAGGUGGUGCUCCAGUUUUGGUUAGAGCCAGGAUAGCGUCUAGCAGCUCUGGAGUCACUAUGAAAUUAGUGGCCAGGUCACCUAGAGAAGAUUUGGCGCAGUUAUUAUUGGCCGCUGUUGGUUAAAUUAUAUUUUUAUGUAACAUUAUAUCUUUAUUUUAUCGUAAUAAGAAUAAUAAUAUAGUUA